AUGAUCAAAAUCCUGCGUUUUCGCCCUUUUAUUAUCCCGCGGUUCCCCCUUGUCCAUUUGACAUUGCGAAAUGCCGCUCCGUGUUGAAAUGCCUGGAGGCUCAACAGCUAGCAGCCCUUGCUUCUGCCAUCGACAAUCUUUCCUUCUGGACGCCGACGUCUAUGCAUAUCCUUUACCAGGUGUGGCAUCUGCUUCAAGGGCAGCUUCAUGAAAUAAGGGCUGCACAAAUCCUUGCACUGGCAAUGGCCUUCAGAGAUUGGCAUUUCAGAGACUGGGAGUUGUCGCUGGACAUGCUGGCUCCGAGUGCAGCCGAUGUUGCGAGUGCAUGGGAUUCUCUUCCUGCAAGCGGGCUACUGUCGACUCCUUCGCAACAGGUUCCAUCGGGUGGGGUGUCUAAGGCAGAAAAGACUGCAGACCUUUCGCAGGCAUCUUCUUCAGCGUGUUCGCUGGAGGAUGUGGACAUGGCAGCAGCAGCAGCAGCAGUCAUAGGACCGCGCCUUGCGCUUUUGUUUGAGUGGAAGGAGUCACUUGUUUCCGACUGCGUUGAGGGCCUGGGCAGACACCUGAGUUACGCAGCCGAGACGUGGCAUUGUCUGAGACGUGUCAAAGCCUUUACGGCUGCAGUGACGUCGGGUGUCUUUCUCCCGCAUCUGGAUCUCAUGCAGCAGCAGCAGGAAGAGCAACGUUUCUCCAGCUUUCAGCAACAGCAGCAGGAGCAACAGCAGCAGGAGCGGCGGCAGCCUCCCUUGUUUUUUUUACGGCUUCCUCCAGUCAAGGGGGAGAGGGGGUCUCUGCCGUUGCUUGAGGUUCCUACGCACAGCCGUCGGCACCUUUCGGAAGAUGCUUUCGAGAAGUUUUCCGAGGGCGCAUCAAAAGGAAGGAGUCCAGCAGCAGACGCGCGUAGGGUGUCAGCGUGUGCUGCUGAGAUCUUUAGCGUCUGUGCUGGAGCCGAUUGGACGGCCCUUGCAGUCUUGUGCGAAGAAACGCGAGGAACUGCUGAGGCUUUGAAGAGGAUCUCCGAGGCACAGAAGCAACAAGCCGGCGGGAUAAGGGAAGCUCAAAAUCGCUAUGGGGAAGAGGCUUCAGUCCCUGAACAAAGGAUUGGAGGAGAUGCUACGCCCCCACCUGUCUCCCCAGUGCCGCCUCCUUUGCUCUUCAACGCGCAGGGCGCACAAGGGAGGGGGGGAGCGGAGCCAGUAAACACGGAGAUUAGCAGUAAAGGAAGCGGCAGGGGAAGAGGAGAAGAACGGAAGGGUGUUGCGGAAACUGUGCAGGAGUGCCUAGGGGAAGCAACGGGGGAGGGAAGCUCACGGCACCACUGUGCACCUACAGAAUGUAUGGAAACAUAUAGAAAGAGGGUAUCUAGGCAUGUCCUUCGUAGAGGCUUGAGGUUCUGGAUGCCGCAACGACGGCUUUUGUUUCUCUGGAGAGACAGAGUGUCCGUCUCGCACGCGCACCGAGGCCCAGUACUACCCGCCCCAAGGAACUGCGCAACGGGGGGCAUUUUUCCGUUUCCAAGAAGCGAAAAAUCGCAAAUUGAAGCUUUUUUAGAUGUGUUGGGCAUGAUUUGUCGCUUGCCCUGA